UCCCUAACAGCUCUUCCGCACAUAGGAUCUUCUUUUCUCUCUCCUAUCUUCUUCAAUACAAGUACGAAAAAAAUCACACACUCAACCAUUUUUCUCAUUUCGUUUCCAGGGAGAGAGGGAGAAGGCAACCGGGGUACUACUCUAAAAUGGACUCGCCGACGUCGACUGGCGCAUCGUCGGCGCGGAUCGUGGCGGCAAGAUCGUCAAUGAUUGAUUCGAUCCGCGGCUGCGGGUUGUCGGGGGUCCGAAUCGAUAAGGAGAACUUGAAGAGGAAGCUACUGAUUCCUGAGUACUUGCGUCAUGCCAUUCGUGAUUCCAUCAAGUCCAAAGACCCCGCUGGUGAAGCCCAACGGUAUUUUAACAGCGGUGAACUUAACUCUCGCCAGGAGGCUCCCGAAGGUCCUAUGGUUGUUUUUGUUAAUUCUAAGAGUGGUGGCCGCCAUGGACCGGAACUCAAAGAGCGGCUCCAGCAGUUAAUGGGCGCAGAACAGGUUUUUGAUCUAUCAGUUGUGAAGCCCCAUGAAUUUGUAGAGUAUGGUUUAGCUUGUCUAGAGAAGUUGGCUGCCCUCGGUGAUUAUUGUUCCAGAGAAACGCGGGAAAAGAUGAGAAUUAUGGUUGCAGGUGGUGAUGGUACAGUUGGUUGGGUGCUUGGGAGUCUUUCAGCACUUAACAGACAGGGGAGGGAGCCAAUUCCUCCGGUAGGAAUCAUUCCUCUAGGUACAGGCAAUGAUCUGGCCAGGAGUUUUGGUUGGGGUGGCUCAUUUCCUUUUGCUUGGAAAUCAGCUGUCAAAAGAUCUCUUGACAGGGCUAUCACUGGUCCAGUUUGCCGUCUAGAUAGUUGGCACCUUGUGGUGUCAAUGCCAAGUGGAGAAGUCGUGGAUCCGCCUCAUUCACUGAAACAUACAGAAGAAUGUUCUCUUGAUCAGGGUUUGGAAGUUGAGGGGCAGGUGCCUGAGAAAAUGAAUUGCUAUGAAGGAGUCUUCUAUAAUUACUUUAGCAUAGGCAUGGAUGCUCAAGUAGCUUAUGGCUUUCACCAUUUGCGAAAUGAAAAACCUUUUCUUGCACAAGGGCCUAUUUCAAACAAGUUGAUAUACUCAGGUUACAGUUGCGGUCAGGGAUGGUUCCUCACACCUUGCAUUAGUGAUCCAAGCUUGAGGGGACUUAAAAAUAUCCUAAGGAUUCAUGUGAAAAAGGUUAAUUGCUCAGAAUGGGAGCAGAUUCAAGUUCCUAAAAGUGUAAGGGCAAUAGUUGCUUUGAACCUUCACAACUAUGGAAGUGGAAGACAUCCAUGGGGUUGCCCAAAGCCUGAGUAUCUGGAAAAGAAAGGGUUUGUUGAGGCCCAUGUUGAUGAUGGUCUCCUAGAAAUCUUUGGCUUAAAGCAUGGAUGGCAUGCAUCUUUUGUUAUGGUUGAGCUCAUCUCUGCUAAACACAUAGCCCAGGCUGCGGCUAUUCGGUUGGAAAUAAGGGGUGGUGAAUGGAAAGAUGCAUAUAUGCAGAUGGAUGGUGAACCCUGGAAACAGCCAAUGAGCAAGGAAUACUCGUCCUUUGUGGAAAUAAAAAGGGUGCCCGUUCAUUCACUCAUGAUCAAUGGAGAGUAAUGUCCGUCCCAAUUGCCUGUGGCUCAGAUUUGGGUUGCUUGGGUUAUCGCUUCCCUCCAACUCUGAGAUAAGUGUAAAAUAUCGUUUUCUCCCCAGGGGCUUGUAAAUUAUAUUUACUGGUAAUUUGUUGUAUCAAAAAUCAUUUAGUAGGCAAUUGCUAACUUCUGUUCUUCUAUAGCUGCUUGGGACCAGUUGCUUUAGGCUAUUUAUUCGUAGAACUCAUACCAGGCUUAGCUUCAAUAGUUUGUUCCAGAAGGUGAAAAUUUUGUCUUUUGGGGAUUUAUGUUUAUAAUCAGCGAAUUUGGCAAUAUUUGUUGAUUGACUCUAUAAAAACAAAAUUUAGGCAA